AUGGCCUCACAGAACGCAACCUAUUCGCAGGCCGAUCAACUACGCGCACAGUUGGCUUUGAUGGGUGACCGCCCAGAUGGUUGUCCUCCAUGCUUCAACUGUCUCCUCCCAGCUCACACAUGUGCUCAAUACGCCGGCUGUAACGAGUUCAACGGAAAAUGCGACUGUCCUGAGGGAUUUGGCGGUGACGACUGCCUCGAACCACUUUGCGGCUCACUCCCCAAGGGAAAGGAUCGCCCAAUGCGCUCGGGUUCGACAUGCAAAUGCGACGAGGGUUGGACGGGCAUUAACUGCAAUGUCUGCACAGACAACAAAGCCUGUAACGCUUUAAUGGAGAAGGGAGAAGGUGGUGUGUGCUAUCAGAACGGAGAAGUCGUGAAUCAUAACUAUCAGAUCUGCGAUGUCACAAACCAGAAGAUCACAUCUCUGCUUGGCAAGCAGCGCCCCGAGGUGACCUUUACAUGCACGCAAGAGGACCAGACUUGCGACUUUCAAUUUUGGGUUGAUGCUGUUGAAUCUUUUUACUGUCACCUCUCCGAGUGCGAUUCGACCGCCGAUUGGCAGGAGACCAAGAACACCACUUCCUACAAAUGUAACAAGAUCAGUUGCAGCUGCAUUCCCGACAGGAUGCUCUGUGGCAAGGAUGGGUCUAUUGACCUAACGGAUUUCCUUGACCAAUCGAUUCAAGGCCCUGGACGAUUUGAAUGUACUCAGAAGCAUGGCGGCACUCACGACUGCGCUUUCAAGGAACCUGAAAUGGAUGCCUUGAUUCUUGCAUUGAUUGGCGAUUCAAGCAUUUUCCUCGACUGUCACGCUGGCGAAUGUCUUUACGAGACAGAGGUACCUGGUUGGAAGCGACCCGUGAAACAGAUCAAUACGCCUCUUAUCGCAGGCGUCAUUGCAGGCUGCUCACUGUUUCUGGUUGCCGUCAUCAUCCUGACAUGGUAUCUGUCGAGGCGAAAGCUAAACUAUGGCGCUAUCCGCCUCGAGGAUUCCGACGAUGAGAGCACCAAAUUGAUGGCCGACCAUAAGCCUGCAUCUCUCUACUUCGAUGACGUUGCUUAUAGUCUGAACGGAAAACAAAUCCUGACGGGAAUCCGUGGUAUUUGCAAGCCGGGAGAAGUAACUGCCAUCAUGGGUGCUUCUGGAGCAGGAAAGACGACCUUCCUUGACAUACUCGCCCGAAAGAACAAGCGCGGCCAAGUCAACGGCAACUUCUAUGUAAAUGGUGAAAAGGUCAACGACAACGACUACAAAAACGUCGUCGGAUUCGUGGAUCAAGAGGAUACUAUGCUCCCUACUCUCACCGUUCACGAGACGAUUCUUACCAGUGCUCUCCUUCGACUUCCUCGCGACAUGGGUCGUGCGGCUAAGGAGCAACGAGUCUUGGAAGUUGAGAAGGAACUCGGUAUUCAUCAUAUUCGUGAUUCCUUGAUCGGAUCUGAGGAAGGCAAGGGGCGUGGCAUCUCAGGUGGUGAGAAGCGACGUGUUGGAAUCGCCUGUGAACUAGUCACCAGCCCCUCGAUCCUGUUUCUCGACGAACCCACCAGUGGUCUCGAUGCAUACAACGCAUACAAUGUCAUUGAGUGUCUCGUAACUCUUGCGAAGACUUACAAGCGAACCGUCAUCUUCACAAUCCACCAACCUCGCUCUAAUAUUGUGGCUCUUUUCGACAGGCUGGUGCUGCUGGCGCAGGGAAGGACCGUCUAUUCCGGCCCUUUCAACCAGUGCCAAAGCUACUUCGACGAAAUCGGUUAUGAAUGCCCCCCUGGAUUCAAUAUCGCGGACUAUCUUGUUGAUCUCACUAUGCACGCUGGCAGUACUCAGUCAGUUGAUGAUGGAACGGUUGGCCUCGACAAUAGCAGUGUUGGUCCUAGCAGCACUCGUGCGAUUAAGUCUGUUGCGAGCAUCUCGGGUACCACUUCUGGGGACGAUGAUGCCGGCUCAAGCAGACCUAAGAACCAUCGUAGAGACUCUGUUAAGAUUCGCCAAGAUCGUGAGUUGUUCACGCGCAGAAAGACAGUUGAUACCGCGGCCUCUUCGGAUGCUGGAGGCGAGGACAACGGGGCUUACCGACUUCAUCAGAACCCUGUGGACACUCUCACCGCCCCUCUUGUGGAAGACCCUCACGACUUGCCUCCGGCAGCGGCCACUGGAACCGACCUCGAUGUAAUGACGCAGUCAUUCAUUCAUUCAGAGAUCGCCCGCUCGACCCACGAUGAGAUUCAACAAGCCAUUAACACCGCAGAGAACGCAAAUGGCACCAAUUCGAACGGAUACACCGCCGAUGGACCGAAUAUUCAUGUCAGUGCUGUUGGAAAGGGAUAUGCUCGCGUCGGAUACCUGCGCCAAUUUAUCAUUCUAUCGCAGAGGACAUGGAAGAACCUGUACAGAAACCCGAUGCUCAUGCUCACCCACUACGCUAUUGCUAUCGUUCUGGCUGUUUUCUCGGGUUAUCUCUUUUAUGGCCUCACCGACGACAUUCCCGGCUUCCAAAACCGACUUGGUCUCUUCUUCUUCCUUCUCGCACUCUUUGGUUUCAGCACCCUCACAAGUCUCAAUGUUUUCGCUACCGAACGUCUCCUGUUCGUUCGAGAACGUGCCAACGGUUAUUACGCACCUGCUACAUACUUUGCAGCCAAGGUGCUUUUCGACAUUAUUCCGUUGAGAAUCAUCCCCCCGAUCCUCAUGGGCUCCAUUAUUUAUCCCAUGACUGGAUUGGUAGCUGACUCGUCACAUUUCUUCAACUUCAUCUUGGUGCUCGUGCUAUUCAAUAUGGCUGCAGCUGCCGUGUGCUUGUUUAUUGGAAUUGUUUGCAAGGACGGUAGCGUGGCAAACCUGAUUGGCAGUCUAGUUAUGCUUUUCAGUCUUCUGUUUGCUGGUUUCCUCCUUAACCACAAAGCGACUCCAAAGGGGGCGCUUUGGCUCCAGACGCUGUCCAUCUUCCACUACGGUUUCGAAUCGCUGAUUGUCAACGAGGUUCUUCAACUUACCCUUGUGGAUAGCAAGUACGGUCUCGACAUCACCGUUCCUGGCGCAGCAAUCCUCAGCUCAUUCGGUUUCAACAAUGACGCCAUGUGGCCUGAUAUCAGGAACCUGGGCAUCUUCGCUGCGGUAUUCAUUGUCUUAUCUUAUGCUGCUAUGCACAUUCUGCUUGUUGAGAGGCGAUAA